UUGAUCCCGCACGACCCCACGUUCUCACAUGAUCUUUCCGGAACGCGACCGACGCCGAAACGCAGCGCAUCCGCGUGUACAUUCGUACGGUUGAAUUUGUUGCUUAUCAAUUUAAUUAAUGGGCGCUUUCUGGAGGCCCGCACUACGAUCGCCGGAUGAUCACCGGCGGGCAACGUUUUCCGACCGUCAGUCGUUACCGGGCGUUUGUGGUCGACGGUUGCACACACUAGCUGGAGACGGUUCCGUUUCGUAAUUGGCUUUCUGUCCGUCUGCAGGCACACACGAUCACCCGGUGUCCCUCUCGGCGGGGAUACAACAAUUGGAUAAAGUGCGUAGGGAGAAGCAUCCGUGCCAGUGUCAGAAGCAGCUGUCAAAGAUCGAGCCUCCGACUGGAACGAUGGUGCACCGGCAGCUAAAGCGGCAACACUCGGGCCUGCCGCAGAUGGAGUCGCUGUCGCGCUUCAGCAGCAUCCCGGUGGUGGAAACCGGCAUCAAAACGGCCGGCAGUGUGUACGAGCGGGUGAAAGCAAGCAACGGCCUGCUGACGUGGGGCUUCGAGACGGCCGAAUCGCUCACGUACGCACUGAUCGACUCGCUGCGCCCGGCCACCAAGAUGAUCCAGGGGCCGCUGCACCAGCUGGACAGCAUCAUGUGCAAAAGUCUCGAUCUGGUCGAGCAGAAGGUACCCUCGAUGUAUCUUCCGCCCGAGAUGAUGUUUUGGAACACGAAGGAAUACAUGUCGGACCAUUUGAUGAAGCCGGUCCUGUCGCGGGCCAAUUCGAUGAAAAAUUUGGGCCACGCAGUGCUGGAAUCGCGCGUCUCCAACUAUGCCGCUGGCCGGAUCGACGGGGCACUCGUCGUUUGUGACAAAUACGUCGAGCGGUACCUUCCGACGGAGCCGCAGGAUCAGCCAGACUCGUGCGGUGCAGCUCCACCGGCAGACGACUCGAACGAGAUGCACGUCGUGAAAACGUUCCACCGUGGCCAGCAGCUGUCCCGCAAGCUGAAGCGCCGGCUCACCUUCCGCACCCGCCAGGAGCUGAGCGCGCUGAAGAAGCAAAGUACCGAGGCGGUCCACGUGGUGGCGUACGCGGCCGAACUGAUCGCGACAAACCCACGGGAGGCGUUGCAGAAAGCCGUCGAGCUGUGGCGCUACCUCAGCAAGGAUGAACCCGAAAACCAGGCCCGGCCCCGCACGCUCGAGCAGGUGGCCGUACUGUUGACGCGCGAGUCCGCCCGCAAGAUGGUGCACCUGAUCAACUUUGUCACCGGUGCGGUCACGCGCGUCCCGAAAGCCGUCCGCGCCCAGACGCGCGAGCUGGUGCAUCACUUCCUGUUCGCGACCGAGCGGCUGAUGAAGACGGUCCAUCUGGAGAAGGCAAAGGCGGCGACACUGUCCGAGGCUAGCGGGCUCGUGCACCGCAUUCAGCAUACCUACGACGAUCUGCAGAACCAAACCAACCUGGCACUGCAUGGUCAGUUGUCGCUGGCUAACAUUGAUCGGCACGAUUUUAUCCAUUGGCUUUUGUUGAAAGUGGAACGCUUGGCAGUCUUUCUUUCCGGGCGCUUGGAGGCGGAAAAGAUCACCACCAGUGGAAACCCUCGCCGACGCAUACAGCCCCGAACAAACAGCAAUCCGAUGAAUUCGAACAUUAACGGCGUGUACUAAUUUAUGUGUGUGUGUGAGUGUGUAUUUGUGUAUGUUUGUCUAUGUGGCAACAUAAGUCUGACAAGACUGUGUACUACCAAAACAAUCCCCCUUUACCUGGAGUACCUCGAUCCAAAUGGGAAAGUCAGGGUUGCUCUUUUUCCAGUUAGAUUCUAAGUGGAUCAUUAAUAUGUAAUAAUUGUUGUUGUUAUAAAAAAAAGAAUAAAUACAAAGCAUGAAAGUUUCAAUCUACAAAACACGAAUGAAAAAAUUGCGUGUGUUUUUUUUUAAAUUUAAAUAAUUCAUAAACUAUACGUCUUUUAUUUUGAUCAUCUUUAUACAGCUUUCUGUCUUACGUUGCUAGAGUUUAAAAACUACCCUCAUUCACAACACAGGCAGGAGAGUUUCCUGGUUCCGGUCGCGCCACGCACCGACCAAUCUUGCUGUGCCCAGCGCGCGUACCAGACACGCUCUGUUCUGUGUGCCGGUCAGUUCUACGAACGGAGCGAAAAAUAAUUUACCAUUUGCGCUUUCCUUUUUCAGUGUUUAAAAUACGAAACGAAACAAGAAACAGGAAGAAAAAAAAACCA